ACGUCACCAGCAAUCGCGUCCAUACACGAGGGGAAGGGGAGCGAAUUUUGCGCAGCUAAUCAGCUCUGUGGUCUCAAAUUUAAACCAUGGGGAAGCAGAAAACAAGGAAGUUUGCUGCAAUGAAGAGAAUGAUCAAUCUGAAAGACAACAGACUAAAAGAGAAAGACCGUGCCAAAGCAAAAGAGAAAAAGAAGAAAGAUCCCUCAGCGCUUAAGGAGAGAGAAGUGACAAAGUACCCAUCAUGCCUGUUCUUCCAGUACAACACUCAGCUGGGUCCACCAUACCACAUUCUUGUCGACACCAAUUUCAUCAACUUCUCCAUCAAGGCCAAACUAGACAUUGUUCAGUCUAUGAUGGAUUGUCUGUACGCAAAAUGCAUCCCGUGUAUCACAGACUGUGUGAUGGCUGAGAUAGAAAAGCUUGGAAUGAAGUACAGAGUCGCACUCAGGAUAGCCAAGGACCCAAGGUUUGAUCGCCUGCCUUGCACACACAAGGGAACAUAUGCCGAUGACUGUUUGGUCCAAAGGGUGACACAGCACAAGUGUUACAUCGUGGCCACAGUGGACAGAGAUCUUAAGAGAAGAAUCAGGAAGAUCCCCGGAGUACCCAUCAUGUACAUCUCAAACCACAGGUACAAUAUUGAACGGAUGCCUGACGACUAUGGUGCUCCAAGGUUUUAAUAUAUCUACAGCUGAGCUGGACCUGUAAAUACACAAAGUUUCCUGUUUAAUAUUAUUUUCCUUUUAUGCAUAUAAAAAAACAUUGUGAGAUUUUGUAGUUUGGUUUGGUGAGGGUGGGUGUGUUGAUUUAACUGCAAAUUACUUUAAGUUUUGUUGUUCUUAUAAAAGAAAUUUGUUACAAGAAUAAAUGAGUUGUUGCAAUGCUAA